AUGGGGAACGACGGCGGUGUGAUCGCUGUGAAGCGCAAGUUUAUGCGCCACGCUAACGUCAAGACGCGUGGAGAGAAGGCGGACGUGGAUGCGCUGCGUCUCGAGAAGGCGCGUACGUGUGCGCUGUCGUCGCAGCCGCUGCAGGAGCCGGUCGUGGCAUGUCGUUUGGGCAACUUAUUGAACAAACAAACAGUUAUCGAGCAUCUGCUGGCCAAGUCGAUGCCCGAGCACUUGGCGCACAUUUCGUCGCUCCAGGACGUUGUGACUUGCCGUUUGACGCGUGUUAAGGCAGACGAGGAUGUGCGGGGCUGGGGCUGCCCGAUUACAAUGGUCGAGUUUACUGGCAAGCAGGCUUUUGUGGUGCUCUUAAAGUGUGGGUGUGUGCUGUCGGAGCGUGCUCUUAAAGCCGUUGCGACAUUGGAGUGUUUGGUGUGUAGCACUCCAUUUACAGAGCUCGACGUUGUGACGCUGCUGGAUGAAAAUGGGUACAACGACAAGCAAUUGAAGCUGUUGGCGCUAAAGGCAGAGACGAAACGAACGAAGAAGAGCAAGAAGAAGGUCAAGCAGGUGGCUGAAGUUGACAACAAGAAGAAAGAUGAGGCGGCUUUGAACCGUAAAAUUGACCAGAAGAGCAAGAGAAAAAGGGAGCAGCUGCGAGACUCGAAGGCUGUCAAGAUGGCCAAAGUGGCGAGUGAAUCCGUUUGCAAAGCCAAAGAGAAGAGUCAAGUGUUUGCGUCGUUAUUCUCCACGAACAAAGACGAGAAGGUGAGCGCCAAUGAUCUGCUCAUGACGAUUGGUGGCAUGCGCUACACGCUGUCGUAG